AUGACAUUAGAUCAGAGCACCGAGGAAGAGGCCAGCGUUCCCCAGACCCACGACCAGUUCAAGCAGCACAAGAAACUGAAGCCUUCAAAUAAUAAUCUGGAUCGUUUCAAUCGUUGGAAAAAAAGAAAAUCAGCAUCGGAAUCUUUCAUCAGCGAUGAGCAAGAACCAAUAAAUAAUUUAUGCGAAGACAUUCAAUUAGGAGUGAAUAUAAAGGAAACGCAUAAUAUUUAUGAUAAAUCAGUGCAAGUGUCAUCAUUUGAAAAUUUCAGUGAUAAUUUUGUUUUUUCAUGUGACUUUGAUUGUAAAUCAAGUAGUGUUUUAACUCAAGCAACAAUAUCAUCAAUUAACAAUUUAAAAAACUAUGUGAUUACCAAAGAUAAAAGCAGUGGACCUGAUACACCCAUUUUCUUGUCAGGAUUUCGUGGAUAUAAUCCAAUAAAAAAUGAUAAACAACUUUCGGCUAUAACUGAAGUAACACCAGAAGUUUUCCAAUUAUUGUUAAAUAUGCUGCCGCCAACGGGUUUGCCUUUUGAUGGAAUAGCUACAUUUUUUGAUGUAGACCCAACAUGUAUUUCUAGAAUUUUCCGGGAUGUAUCAUCAAUUCUAGCACAGAAAACAAAAAACUUUAUUUUCUGGUCUAGUAAAGAAGAUGUUCAAGAAACUAUGCCACCAGCAUUUAAGAUACAUUAUCCAAAUUGUAGAGUUAUUAUAGACUGUACAGAAAUGAAAUGCGAACAACCUGGUCUCGUGCUAGUCCGAAAUCAUAUGUAUUCUGAUUAUAAAUUAGGAUACACAGUAAAAUUUUCAUUGGGAAUAACACAUCCAGGGAUGAUCUCAUUUAAAUCCGAGUGCUACGGUGGGAGAUCUAGUGAUCCUUUCAUAACUAAUGAUAGUAAUUUUUUAAAACUACUAGAGCCAGGUGAUGAAGUGAUGGCAAAUCAAGGUUUUCCUGACAUCAAAAAAUCUCUUGAUGUACCUAAUGCUAUAAUUAUUACACCUCCAUUUUUACACGAUCGUCAUUUGACUGAAGAAGAAAUAGAGGAAACUUAUAAUAUUGCAAGUGUAUGA